AUGGAAACGCCUUCAGAGUGGAUAAAAACGCGUCGUCAGGAACAAACUGAAUCAGCAGCAGCAGCAGCAACAAUUGCAACAAUGUCUAGAUCCAGGAUAACAACAUACGCAACAGCAACACAGGGAUUAAACAGCCUUUGGUCGCAGCUCUAUGCUUUUGUUGUUGUUGUUGUAGCUCUUUCACUGCUGCUAAAUUGCCAGGUCUGUCAAGGAGCAGGACGAGCACCACCGGAACCCUACUAUGGCCGCUACAUUGGACAGUUUACGAACUUUGCGCAUGGCAUUAAGGGCUCCAUUUAUGCCGUGGACGAGUCAACGCUGUUUGUUAAAUCCUUUGCCUAUGAUGGCACCGGACCGGAUGCCUUCUUUUGGGUGGGCAAAACGGCUAGACCAUCGCCCGAGGGCUAUAUAAUACCCUAUCCGGAGGAAUAUACCGGCUCUGAUCCGCCCGUUCUGCAGGCGCACAACAAUACGGACAUCAUACUGCGUUUACCCAUGGGCAAAAGGAUUAAGGACAUUCGAUGGCUCUCGGUAUGGUGCAGACGCUUUACGGUCGAUUUCGGUGAAGUGUUCAUACCGCCUGGCCUAGAUGUGCCCAAGCCUCGAGUACUGCCGGAGUUUAGGCGCCUGGCCCACGGACUUCGCUCCAGCAACAUAAGCGUUCUGGACGCCAAAACCUUUUAUAUUCCCAAUCUGCACUACGAUGGCGCCGGACCCGAUGCCUAUUUCUGGGUGGGCAAUGGCAGCGAACCGAAUAUUAUGGGCAUCAAGGUGCCCAAUGAGGUUGGAUCAUUGGACCCGUUGCGUGGCUACCAGGGCGAGGAUAUCGAGAUUCAAUUGCCGGGCAGCUUGACCGUUUACGACAUUGACUGGCUGGCAGUGUGGUGCGUGGAGUACAGACACAACUUUGGACAUGUCUUCAUACCCAAAGACCUGGAUGUGCCGCCUGCAUUGGGCCAGACGAAAAUUACGCCAUCAUGGUGGUAUUCACCCACAACAACAACGCCGCGGCCCGUCUACUCCAAUUGCCGUGAGAUUCUGCCGAAUAAGCUGCAGGUUAAGUGGGAGCUCCAGGGCGAAUACGUGCAGAUCGAGCUAUUCGGACGCAUCAGCGAGGAUCAGUAUAUGGCCUUUGGUCUGUCCGGCGCUAACGGACGCCCACAAAUGGCCCAGUCCGACGUUGUGGUGGCUUUCUAUGAUUCCAACGCUCGAGUGUUCCGCGCUGAGGACUAUUUCAUCUCCGAUUUAUCCCAGUGCGAUGGCCAACGUGGCGUCUGUCCGGAUGAGCGACUUGGCGCACGUAACAACGUGAUCGUAGUUAGUGGGGAUCGCAAAGGUGGCGUAACCAGCAUUCGGUACAAGCGGCUGCUGCAAACCAAUGAAGCCAUCUACGACAUGCCCAUACCCAUCGAUCGCGAGGUGUCGAUCAUUGCGGCCGUGGGACCACUGAAUGCCCGCAAGGAGGCCAACGCUCACUCGCACACUGCUAGCGAUCACAAUCCCGACGACAUUCGCAUCAACUUCUCGAAGCGGAACGAUCACUCGUGCAAGAACUCGCUGUAUGAUAUAAAGGACGAGAGCGGCCCCAAGCCGUGGCCUACGCUCAAGAUCAAAGGAGAGCAGAGGUUCCGCGCUAGCAUUGGAGCCACAGGGGGCAAACGUGGAUAUACAGCGAUUACGGGCAUACCCUCCUGGGGUAUUGCCUGGUACAUCAACGAUCUGCUGAUUCCCGAAAUAACUGUGGAGCGUGGCUUGACCUAUGAGUUCUUAAUCGAAGGCGGCAACGAUCCUGCACAGCCAGCCAGAUAUCACCCAUUUUACAUUACGGACUCACCGGAGGGUGGUCUGGGCCAAAAGACUGGACUAGAGGCACGCAAGCAGAAGGCCUAUGCGGGCGUUGAAUACGAUGAAGACGGCAAUGCGAUACCCACGGGCGUGGGUCGUUAUUGCGAAUGGGAGCAUCGAACUGUAGAUCGUUCAGCUGAAUUCGAUAACUUUGAGCAGUUCAAGAGCACACUAGUCUUCAAAUGUGAGGAUGGUGAGCCAGGCUAUCUGAACUGGACGGUGCCUAUGGAUGCGCCCAACACAUUAUAUUAUCAGUGCUUUACCCACAAUAAUCUGGGCUGGAGGAUAAAUGUGGUGGAUGCCGGCGCAAGCACCGCACCUACGACACUUCAACUCGGACAGAACCAAUUGUUCUUCUACACGCUGUUAACAGUUUUCAGCCUGGUUGUAACAAGUUCUAGAUUGACAAAUUCUUUGCUGGCUUGACAGCCAGAUUGUCAGUAAAUUGCUGUUUAGGAGUGUUUCAAGAUCUUUUGUUAGACAAGGUGGUUGCUUUGAGCAUAUCUAGAAUACUCUCUUUACAUAUCCUGAACCAUAUUAAAAAAAUAUAAUUUCAUCAACUAUUCAAAUAUAAAAUUUAACAAUCGCCAAAAAAAAACAAAAACAAGGAUCUUGAAACAUUCACCAGAAUAACAAUAGCAACCAGGCUAAUAUCAUCUGAAAAAAACAUAUCUUCAUCAUAAUUUUUAAGGUGUAAAACUGUUGAAAACUAUAGUAUGUGGGCGUGUGUAAAUGGCAGUGGUGCAUACUUACUGCACCUAGUGUAGCUGUAGGUAUACAGAUAGUAAUCGAAGCAUACAUGCAGUAAGGCCAAUGGAUCGUGCUUAGGAUUGAACGAAUGGAAGGGCAGAGGAAACUCUUUGUAUAUUUACGUAUAUGGAACUCUACUUUUUUACGUGUCUGAAAUGGGAAUACGAAACUUACUUAUACACUUACAUUUACAGUAAAACUUGUAAUUUUUCUAGAAACAACUACUACUUAUACACAUACACGCAUACAUAUAUAUAGAGAUAUAUCUAUAUAUAUAUAUAUACAAGACGGUUCUAAGUAAAUGUAAACCGACAAUAAAAACGCGACACUAUGACAAUAAAUGACAAUAAAUGUGCGCAAAACAAUUAAUUGGGCCGAAACUUUGGCUCGAUUAUUAUUGUACAAUAAGGAAUUAAUAAUAUUAAGAGUUUGCUAACACGAGAGAUAUGACAAUAAAAGUAAUUCAUAUAUUAAUCUCAA